AUGGCAAGAGGCCCAAAGAAGCAUUUGAAAAGAUUAGCAGCCCCAUCCCACUGGAUGUUGGACAAACUCAGUGGUACUUAUGCACCAAGACCAUCUGCUGGUCCACAUAAGUUGAGAGAAUCUUUACCAUUAGUUAUCUUCUUAAGAAACAGACUUAAGUAUGCUCUUAACGGUAGAGAAGUCAAGGCCAUCCUUAUGCAAGAACACGUCAAGGUUGACGGUAAGGUUAGAACUGACUCCACCUUCCCAGCUGGUUUCAUGGAUGUUAUCACCUUGGAAGCUACCAACGAACACUUCAGAUUAGUGUACGAUGUUAAGGGUAGAUUUGCAGUUCACAGAAUCACUGCUGAAGAAGCUUCUUACAAGUUAGCUAAGGUCAAGAAGGUCCAAUUAGGUAAGAGAGGUAUUCCAUACGUUGUCACCCACGACGGUAGAACAAUCAGAUACCCAGAUCCAUUGGUUAGAGCCAAUGAUACCAUCAAGGUAGAUUUGGCUACUGGUAAGAUGACCGAUUUGAUCAAGUUCGACACUGGUAGAUUAGUUAUGGUUACUGGUGGUCGUAACUUGGGUAGAAUUGGUGCUAUUACUCACAGAGAAAAGCACGAGGGUGGUUUCGAUUUGGUCCACAUCAAGGAUUCCUUGGAAAAUACUUUCGUUACCAGAUUAUCUAACGUUUUCGUUAUUGGUACCGAAGCUGGUAAGCCAUGGGUUUCAUUACCAAAGGGUAAGGGUAUCAAAUUGUCUAUUUCUGAAGAACGUGACAGAAGAAGAGCCCAAUCCGGAUUGUAG